CGAACAUUUUGAAGACAAGCUGGCAUGCGGUGACUUUUCCGGUAUCAUAACUGGAUUUCACAAUUUUCAGAACGAUUUGGAAUGAAUCCCUUAGCCAACAAAAUGUCUAUCCUAAAAUAGUUUUUUUCUUCUUUAUUUAAUUGCGGACAGUUACAAUAGCAUGCAUAAACUUAGUCUAUGCUAUUGUGCAGAAACACAGUUGCUACCCAGGCCAGUAAAGCGAAUUGCCAAGCAACGGAAGUUGAUGCGAACCGAUGCAAACCAAUCACAAAACUGAUGCGGAGGUCGAGGAUCAAUUUGUUCAAGGAAAGGCGCCACUACGAGUUGAAAAUAAAAUUGCCAUUCAGUUCAGCAAACUCCCAGGGAUAAGGUCUUUUGUGGAUAGCAAUGGUGGGCAGAUUAAACUUGUCGAAUGGUUGUGACGACAAUCCACUGGACAUGAGCUGCAAAUCCGAGCGUGGGCUUGACAGUCCAGAUUCCGGACUACCCCCCAGCCCGAGUCCGAGCCACUGGCUGGUGAGUGGUUGCGGGGAUAGAGGUGCAGUAUGUCCUGAAGACGACGGCAGAGGGACAUCGCUUCCCAUUUUAUCGAUUGGAUCUGCUCCUCAACUGCACACGUUGUCCUAUGGGGAAGGCAUAGAACUUGAUCCACUACCGCCCAAGGAAAUACGAUACACGUCGUCUGUCCACUAUGACUCAGAGCGCCACUUUAUCCACAACGUGGCUAUGCAGCCAAUAGGCCUGGGUCUGGAGAAGUGCAGCCAGACGGUCCUUACUGUACCACACAGUACCUGGAGACACUACAAGACCCAGCUGGACCUCCAGCCUCGCCAAAGGGCCAGGCACUUCCAGAGUACCACCAUCAUCUACCCCAAGCACGCACGCACCAUUUAUGCAACAGAGCUGAGCUAUGACAGUUGCCGUCUAGCCAAGAGAUUUCUGUCGAGCAUAGAGCUGGAAGCUGUUGACCGCAGUAAGUUACCCCAGUGAGGUAAACUUCCUGGGGGAGAGGUCCCUGGCAUCCACCAGGUUGACUGACAAACGGUUGUCUGUUGGUUUGGAAACCAUUCUUGCCCAAGUUUGAGUGCCAGUCUCAAGAGGAAGGAGUAAGAUCGAAGCCAUAACUGCCCUGGACUCCAAUCGCAAUGUAGACAGCUCUUAAACCCUACACCCACAGUCUUUGAAAGAGGUUUGUCACAUCCGAAAGUACUAGCAAGUGCACUUGCCCAAGCAAGGAAGAGUGGUGAUCGGCUUUAGCAAACUUUCUACGGAGUUCACGAACUAGCUACACACCUCAUGAGGAGUCUGAUGGAUGAGGUUUGAGUCUGACACAAAAUAUAUUGAAUAGAUAACAUUUGACACUGCUAACAAUGGUGUUAGGCAAAUCUAAAGUUUGCAUUGAAUUUUGGGUUAUAUCAACCCUGGAAGUGAGCUAAGUGGUUCACUCAUCCCCUCCAGCUAAAUCAAGGGCAGUGGGGGCAACUUUUGUAAAUUAAACCGGCACUUAAGAUGACAAUCAAAAUUGCAUCCGUAUUUGAUUGGGAUUUCCCUGAGGGAAAGGGGCUAGCGCAUGUGGUUAGGGGAUGUCUACUUUGUGAAUGGAGUCGAUCCCUGGAGUACCGAACUAACAGCAGGGACAUGUGCGAGGCUGGCAUCUAUGAUGUGUUUGAUUUAUCACCAUUAUCGGCUGAGUUCCUGGGAAAUGUCCACAAAAUGUCCCAAGAAUCCUGUUUUAAAACAAAACUCUUCCCUCAAAGUAGUUUUUACUUUUAAUUCUUGUUUAAUAUGCUGGAAUGCGUAAGCUUUUUUAAAAUAAAUAUUUUGAGUUCUAUGAGAGGCCUUUUCCACUUUAAGCACUGGUUCUUAAAAGAGUAAUUUUAAAAUAUGACUCUUAUAUCCACAUAGUUUUUGCGCAAGAGCUUGCUGUGGGAAAGUUGACAGGCGAUUGUGUCGGACAGCUAAUCAUUUUAGGUGUUACCUAAGGAAGUACUGGUUAGAUUAUUGAUUAAAUGAUUGCCAAUGGGAAAUUGCUAAUAUUUCAAAUAAUUAAAUUAGCACAAAACAUUUUUUUAAAUGUUGGCAUGUGUAUUUUCAGUCUAAAUGUAAUAUUUCCUUUUGAUUUUGUCAUUAUGCAAUUUGUAUAUGUGUUUUAAUACAGUCAAUAUUUUAUUAUUUAAACAAUUUUGUUACUUGCCCUUUUUUGUUACAUAUCAGUACUGAUUUUUCAUACAUUUUGUUGGCCAUUGCUAUUUAAAGUCAGUUUCCCUCAAUUAUUGACAUUUUCCAUGUCUGUCAUCUGUUUAUACCAGUGGUUGGAUCACAACUGAGAAAGAUGUGGUCAGUAUUGACUUGUACUGGGUCUGAGUAUGGAGGAUUUAUACUUUAGAGUAAGAAUGGAUUGAUCUUAAAAAAAUCCAAACAUUCUUUCAAUAAUUUGAAAUUAAUUGCAAAUCUAUGUUACAGGAAACAUGUACUUGCUGCAUUUUUCUAUUUUCCAUCACAUGAGUGUGUAAGAUACUACUAAUAACAUAUCAACGCCAUAAUUAUCAUAUGCAUAGGCAGUAACCUGAUGAUUAAAUUAUCAGUAUGAAAUCUGAUAUUGUGUUAGGACAUCAGCUGAUAAGUAUCUGACCAAUGAUCACUCCGGUUUCUUGUCUGAACUGGCUAUGCUAAUUAUACAUCCUUAUUUGAUUUCUUCACAUUGUGUUAAUAUGUAUAAGUGUCUUCUUUUUUUACACUGGUCAGUAAUAACAGUUGAAUCAUUUUUGGGGUAAUCGUUAAGUUUGGAUUGAGCAGUAUUUACCCUUUUUAUUUUGUCUUAAAUGACUCAACCUAAAUGGAAGCUUUCAAGGUUUGGUGUUGUGUUUUAGGUUAUUGAUCUGAUGCACUUGUCUUUGUAUUCAGGACAAAAAGUUAAUUAUGAAAUCUGAUCUGAUUACAAAGCGCAAAUUUCAAAAUUGAUUAUGUUUAAUCUCUUUUUUUUUUGGUUGCUGAUAAUGGGCCUUUGUACACCUGUGUAGAUAUUCCAUAAAUAAUUGCCAUUUCCAACAGUAAUUUCCAACAUUAACAAUGUCUACACUGUAUUUCUGAUCAAUUUGAUGUUAUUUUAAUGGACAAUUUUCUUUCAAAAAGAAGGACAUUUCUAAGUGACCUGAACAUUUGAAGGGUGGUGUAUAUAUUCAAUAUAACCAUUUGAUCUCAAUUUUAAUUCAUGGCACAGGUAUAAUGAUUUUGAUCUUCUUGGGUUAUGGGUUGUUUUGAAUGAUGUAUAAGUAAUUGAGUUUAAAGCAGAUUAUGUUAAUGAACUGUAGCAAAGUCUACCUGUGUUCUACACAUGGGCAGCAGGAAUCUCUGGAUGUUUUUAAUCUGGUGGACUAAAGAUCCUCCUAUCUGUCCUUAAGAUCGGACAUGACUAAAGAAGCUUCAUGCGUAACUUUAUUUUGACCCAUAAGAAAAGGAGUGAAAUGUCUCAGCCCUUAAGUGUUCUACUCAACUAAUUGUGGAUACAGCUGAAAGAGACUCUUAGAGAAAUGUAGUCUGGACCAUCUAUGUCAGAACAUUGUCUUUAGUCUUAACCACUACAGUGAGUAGUUAAUGAACAAAUAUUUAUUUACUGUUUAUAUUUACAAAGUAGCUGGGAUGACUUAGGAGGAGACAGUGAUAUGGGUUGACCAGAAUUGGAGCCCGGUCUCCAGGGUUGGUGCGUGUGCAUAGACCCCCCUACCACAGGACCUGCAGUAAUGACCCAGGAUUCUACAUUGUACCAUGUUCUGCAUUAGAGUUUUGAGGUGGGUUUGUGAGCAUUCAUUAAAAUAAUCAUGGAAUUUUACAAGUUAAAUUCUGAUUGAGCCAUAAAAAAUAGCCAAUGAAUCACAGGUGUAGUUUUACGGUGUAGUUUUUCACAAAAUGGCAAACGCAGAAUAUUACAGUAAUUAAUUAUUGUUUUUCUAACACCAUGGUGUGGAAUGUCCUUGAACCAUUUAACUAUUCAUUGUCUUCCCAUUUGUUCUUCUGGUUUCUUCCAGAGGUUUUCUUUUGUCUUUUUGCUGAUAUCUUCUCUCAAGGUCCUACACACAUCUAUGGAACUUAAUCUGUGCGAAACUCAAAGUGCCGAUUUAAAUACAAUUGUAUUUCUUUUGCUUUUAAGCUAUGUUCAUUUUUCAUUGAAAUAAAGUCACAUUUACUUUGA